GUCAAAUACGAUCUCUGUGUCUCUCAAUACGCUUCAAUUGAGAAAGCAAAGCAAAAGCCCGGGUUUCUCUGAGUCACAUCCUACACGAUUAUCCACCUUCAUUGGGUUUACUUCAAUUUCAGCACUUGGGUCUUGUUGGGUUUCUUCUCUUUCUCUCAUAUUUCUUCGUAUUCUUCAAAAUCCCAAGAACAUUUUGCAUUCUUGCGGUGUACUUUUGUGUUGUUCUGUGCAAGCGAGCAGAGUCUAUGCUUCAAUGGCUUAAGUGGGGAGACCAAGUUUGAAGCUUUAUUGGUUGGUGGUGUUGUGGCUGAUGAGAAUGGCCACUUCUGGUGGUGCGAAUUAUAGAAAUGGGACUUACAGGAGCUCUCUGAAGGUGGACAAGCCUCUCUCUUUGAACUCAAACCCCAAGUCCUCUGUGAAGUCCAAGCCUUUGCCGUCUUCCGGGCCUCGCCGAAACAGCACCGGCUCGCUCGGCACCGCCACCGGAGCCGCCAAGGACGACGCUGGAGUUCCUGGAAGAGUUCGAGUAGCUGUGAGAUUGCGACCGCGUAUUGCUGAGGAAUCCGUGGGAGAUGCUGAUUUUGCUGAUUGUGUAGAAUUACAGCCAGAGCUUAAAAGGUUGAAACUUCGGAAAAACAAUUGGGAUUCGGACACUUAUGAGUUUGAUGAAGUGCUCACUGAGUUUGCAUCCCAAAAGCGUGUUUACGAAGUCGUGGCAAAGCCUGUUGUUGAGAGUGUUCUGGAUGGUUACAAUGGGACCAUCAUGGCAUAUGGGCAGACUGGUACUGGUAAAACAUAUACUCUUGGACGACUUGGAGAGGAAGACACGGCUGCUCGUGGAAUAAUGGUUCGUGCUAUGGAGGAUAUUCUAGCGGAUAUUUCUUUGGAGACUGAUUCUGUCUUGGUCUCAUAUCUGCAGCUUUAUAUGGAGACUAUACAGGACCUUCUUGAUCCUCCAAAUGAUAACAUUUCUAUCGUGGAAGACCCCAAAACUGGUGAUGUUUCACUCCCAGGGGCUAGCCUAGUGGAAAUCAGGAACCAACAGAGUUUUCUUGAACUACUGCGAUUAGGAGAAGCUCACCGCUUUGCUGCAAACACUAAAUUGAAUACAGAAUCUUCUCGUAGUCAUGCUAUACUGAUGGUACAUGUAAAAAGGUCUGUCAAGGGAAGGCAAUCAGCUCUUUCAACUGAAAAUGGUGCCAACUCCCACUUGAAAAUGUUAAAGCCUCCCAUUGUUCGAAAGGGCAAAUUAGUUGUGGUUGAUCUUGCUGGUUCAGAGCGUAUUGAUAAGUCAGGAAGUGAGGGACAUGCACUAGAGGAAGCCAAAUCUAUCAAUCUCUCCUUGAGUGCACUGGGGAAGUGCAUUAAUGCGCUGGCAGAGAAUAGUGCACAUGUUCCUGUUCGUGAUUCAAAGCUUACAAGAUUGCUGAAGGAUUCAUUUGGUGGCACAGCGAGAACUUCACUGGUUAUUACUAUUGGUCCAUCCCCCCGUCAUCGGGGAGAGACAGCAAGUACUAUAAUGUUCGGACAGAGGGCUAUGAAGGUGGAGAAUAUGUUGAAAUUAAAGGAGGAGUUUGAUUACAAAAGUUUAUCUAGAAGGCUAGACAUACAAUUAGAUAAACUUAUUGCAGAACAUGAGAGGCAGCAGAAAGCAUUCGAGGAUGAAAUUGAAAGAAUUAGUAUAGAAGCACAAACACGGAUUUCUGACGUUGAAAGAAACUAUGAAGAAGCAUUAGAGAAGGAAAGAUUAAAAUAUCAGAAAGACUAUAUGGAAUCAAUAAAGAAACUUGAAGAGCAGUUGGUAAAGAAUCAACAAAAGCAUGGCAAUGAAAAAGUUCCAGUUGGGCUCAAGGGUGAUGGCUCUGCUUUGACAUCUAAUACAGAGAGUUCCAAGGUCUCUGCUGUCGAGGAAGUUGCUGAGCUGAAAAAAGUGCUUCAAAAAGAGAGCCUUUUAAGGAAGGCUGCUGAAGAGGAAGUUAAAAGUCUUAAAAGUCAACUAGCUCAUUGUAAAAGGUCAGAGGCAUCAGGAAAUUCAGAUAUCUUAAAGCUUCGCAAGAUGCUGGAAGACGAGGCACGACAGAAAGAAAAACUUGAAGGAGAAAUAGCAAUACUACAUGGUCAAUUGUUGCAAUUGAGUUUUGAAGCUGAUGAGACAAGAAGAAGACUUGAUAGAGGUGGGUCUGAAGUUUCUGGUGCCUUAGAUUCUCUCAUCUCUCAAGUUAAACUUCAACAGCACGACUCAACAAAUGGGGAAAAGGCCUCAGUAGCCAAACUCUUUGAACAAGUGGGAUUGCAGAAGAUCUUGUCAUUGCUUGAAGCAGAAGAUGCUGAUGUGCGAAUUCAUGCUGUGAAAGUGGUUGCAAAUCUGGCUGCUGAAGAAACAAAUCAGGGUAAGAUUGUUGAAGCUGGUGGUCUUACUUCCUUGUUGAUGCUUCUUAGGAGUUCUGAAGAUGAGACCAUACAUAGAGUUGCAGCAGGGGCAAUUGCCAACCUUGCAAUGAAUGAAACCAACCAGGAGCUUAUCAUGGCUCAAGGCGGCAUUGGUUUGUUAUCAACAACAGCAGCCAAUGCUGAUGAUCCUCAAACCCUUCGGAUGGUUGCUGGAGCCAUUGCAAAUCUUUGUGGCAAUGAUAAGUUACAGAUGAAACUAAGGGGUGAAGGUGGUAUCAAAGCAUUGCUAGGAAUGAUCAGAUGCAGACAUGCUGAUGUUCUUGCACAAGUUGCUCGUGGAAUAGCAAAUUUUGCCAAAUGCGAGUCAAGAGCAUCUACACAAGGAAAUAAGACUGGAAGGUCUCUUCUGAUUGAGGAUGGUGCACUUCCAUGGAUUGUACAGAAUGCUAACAAUGAAGCCUCACCAAUCAGGCGUCAUAUUGAGCUUGCACUCUGUCAUCUAGCACAACAUGAAGCAAAUGCAAAAGACAUGAUCAGUGGAGGCGCCUUGUGGGAGCUGGUUCGCAUCUCCCGAGACUGUUCUCGGGAAGACAUAAGGACUCUCGCGCGUCGAACACUAACUGCCAGUCCUACAUUCCAAGCUGAAAUGCGGCGUCUAAGGAUAGAUUAUUGAUACACUAGUGAAAUCAUUGAAGCAACUGAAGAUGUG